UUGCAAAGUUUUUUUUUUUUUUUUGCAUACAAAAGGAAGCAGUUUGUAUUUCAAGAAAAUAAACAAAAUCAGAUCUUGUUAGGAGGCAUACAAGUCUCCACUCUGACAAAAAAGAAUGCAGACAAAAUGCACGUGUCUCUUGGUGAUAACUUUCCUGUUUGUAAUAGUUUCAUUGGUGAAUGCCGAUACAUCGCCUGUAAUAGUGAAGAAGGUGAAGGGAAAGAAAGUAUGUGAUCAGGGUUGGGAGUGUAAAGGGUGGUCAGAGUAUUGUUGCAACCUAACAAUAUCUCAAUAUUUUGAUUAUUACCAAUUUGAGAAUCUUUUCUCAAAGAGGAAUACACCGGUUGCACAUGCUGUCGGUUUCUGGGAUUUCAAGUCUUUUAUCACUGCUUCAGCUAUAUACCAGCCCCUUGGGUUCGGUACGACAGGCAACAAGACAACACAGAUGAAGGAAGUUGCUGCUUUUCUUGCUCAUGUUGGAAGUCAAACUUCAUGUGGAUAUGGAGUGGCAACCGGAGGACCCACGGCAUGGGGAUUAUGCUACAACAAAGAAAUGAGCCCUAUGCAAGAUUACUGUGAUGAUAACUACAAGUACACUUACCCUUGUGCCCCGGGAGCUGACUAUUUUGGUCGUGGUGCUUUGCCAGUCUUUUGGAACUACAACUAUGGAUACCUUGCCGACUGCUUGAAAGUGGAUCUUCUACACCAUCCUGAAUACCUAGAACAAAAUGCCACUUUAGCCUUCCAAGCUGCAAUCUUCCAGUGGAUAACCCCAUUAAAGAAGGGUCAGCCAUCAGCCCAUGAUUGCAUGGUUGGAUCCUACAAACCCACCAAAAACGACACCAUGUCCCAAAGGUUUCCUGGAUUUGGAUGCACAAUGAACAUUCUUUAUGGUGAUCGCACUUGUGGAAAAGGUGAUGUUGAUGACAUGAACACCAUCAUCACGCAUUACUUGUAUUAUCUUGACCUGAUGGGUGUUGGUCGAGAGACAGCUGGGGCCCACGAUGUGCUCACAUGUGCCGAACAGAAACCGUUUAACCCACCAGGUAAGAAAGAUGAUAAGGCGUCGAGCUAACCUUACGGUCAAAGUCAACACCAUGUCUAUGUGGCCUGAAAAUCUCUACAGAAAUAAAAGGUGAACCCCUUGGAAUGCUCGUAGGUUGUGAAGCUGGGGUCUACCAUGUCUCUGGUUUGUAGAUUAAGAAUCAUUUUGUUGGUAAUUAUGUUUAUUAUUUAUUUUGAGAAUUUUUUUUUGUUUUUCUUUUAAAUUUAUAUUACAGACACAAGUCUUAUAUAAGUAUGUUCAGAUUAUGUUUCUUGAGUUUGCUUUUGUAUUGUAAUACACCUGUAUAAAGACAUAUGCAUGUUACAUGAAAAUUGUGAAACUACUUGUUUGUUCA